AUGGAGUUCACUCUUCAAUAUCUCAGUUCUUCUCCAUCUACCAUACUUGGCUUUUUAUUGUUUAUUUUCUCUCUAUUGCUAUGGAUAACAAAGGCUUCCAACACAAACGUAGCCACAAAGAAGGGAGCACCGGAAGCAGCCGGUGCCUGGCCAUUAGUUGGUCACCUUCCUCUCUUAGGCGGCUCUCUUCCGCCGCAUAUAACUUUGGGCAACAUGGCUGACAAGUAUGGACCGGUCUUCACAAUCAAACUCGGGGUGCACCGAUCUCUUAUUGUGAGCAGUUGGGACAUGGCCAAAGAGUGUCUCACCACCAACGACAGAGUCUUUGCUAAUCGCCCGAAGCUAUUAGUCUCAGAGGUUAUGGGCUACAACUACGCCAUGUUUGGGUUCAGUCCCUAUGGUCCUUACUGGCGCCAGAUGCGCAAGGUAGCCACCCUGGAGCUUCUCUCGAACCACCGCUUGGAGUCCCUCAAUCACGUUCGUGAAUCGGAAGUGAAGACCUGUAUUAAGAACAUUUACAAUUUGUGGAAGCAAAACAAGAACUCAGAUCAUGUGUUGGUGGACAUGAAGAGGUGGUUCGGAGACGUAACGGUGAGCACCAUGUUUAGGAUGGUUGUAGGGAAGCGGCGCCUACUUGAGACUAGCUCGGAGCGUGAGAAGGAAGAGAACGAAAGGUAUCGAAAGGCGACGAGGGAGUUUUUCAGAUUGACAGGUGAAUUUGUGACGGCGGAUGCAGUGCCUUUUCUUAGGUGGUUGGAUUUGGGCGGGCAUGAGAAGGCAAUGAAGAAGACGGCAAAGGAACUAGAUGAUGUUCUGGAACGAUGGUUGGAAGAGCAUAAGCUAAAACGAAGUAGUAUCAAUUCUACUUCUACUUCUCACGAGCCUGACGAUUUCAUGGAUAUGAUGCUGUCUGUUCUCGAUGAUAGUAUACUGGAGUUUCGUGGGUACACUACUGCUGAUACCAUCAACAAAGCUACUUGCCUGGCUCUUAUAUUAGGGGGAACAGACACAACAACAGUAACAUUAACAUGGGCUCUUUCAUUACUAGUGAACAACCCUGCAGUCUUGAAGAAGGCUCAAAAUGAAUUAGACGCAAAAGUUGGCCGGAAUAGACAAGUGAAUGAAUCAGACGUGAAGAACCUCAUGUAUCUCCAAGCCGUCAUCAAAGAAACCUUGCGCUUAUACCCUGCUGUACCACUCCUCGCACCCCAUGAAUCCACAGAAGAUUGCACCGUAGGUAAUUACCGUGUACCUGCCAAGACACGUUUAAUCGUCAAUGUUUGGAAGCUUCACCGGGAUCCGAAUGUCUGGCAAGAUCCCUGCAUUUUCCGACCUGAAAGGUUCCUUUCAUGCCUUGGAGAUUUUGAUGUUAGGGGUCAGAAUUUUGAGCUCAUGCCGUUUGGAAGUGGUAGAAGAAUAUGUCCAGGAAUUUCUUUGGCUCUUCAAGUUAUUGAACUCACUCUAGCUCAUCUAUUGCAUGGGUAUGAAAUUACAGCCCCGUUAGAUGAACCGGUCGAUAUGAGUGAGACUGUUGGGUUAACAAACAUGAAGGCCACACCAUUACAAGUCCUUCUCAAACCACGCCUUCAUGCUGACAUUUAUGAAUAUAUGGUCUGAACAGAAUAAGAACCUUGGUCUCGAAUAUCUUUGAAAUUUGACUGUAUGCUAUUAUUGAUUGAUAAUUCAAACCUUUACAUACUGUCUUACUCUCAUC